CUCACCCACUCCUGACCGAGCGAGUGAGCGAGGGAACCGGAUCCGGAGCGACACAAGGAGAAGCAGACCGGGAGGAGAAAAGGAGACGAUCUGAAUAUAUGAUUGAAGAGGUAUGAAACGCAAUAUCAUUCAUUGGUGUGUGUGUGUGCGUGUGUGCAUGUGCGUGACAGUGGGAGCGGGUCUCAGGUGCUGCUUGAGGUUGCAGGUACAAUCAUCCGAAUGGCCAAAAACAACAACAACAACAACAACUACAAGUCAGAAACUGCAGGAGAGCGGCUGUCCUCAGCUCCAUGUUGCUGGUCGCGAGGAUGUUCUCUCAGAGUUAUAUGUGGGCUCCACUGGUGUUACUGGCUGUCCUUUCUCAUAUCCCUUGUAAAGCACAGGAUCAAGUUCCAGCUCCGCGGAGGCUGCGUUUCAAAGUGCUGAACCCAAACAACCUGCUCGUCUCGUGGAAGGAGCCCAAAGGCGACUUUGACAGCUACCUCUUCCUCUACAAAAGUGUACCAGGUGGUCAUCAGAGGGAGAUCAUCACAUCAAAAAGUGACAGUAAAGUGUUGAUAACAGACUACGACCCAUCCAAGGACUAUGUCGUCAGAGUAAUUGCUGUCAGCGGCAGCACUCAGAGCAGAGCACUGCUCGGCAGAUUUAAAGCAGUUGAGAGGGGCGAGGCUGAUGUUGGAGGCAAAACGAAGCCACAGCGUCUGACGGAUUCAUUUGUUUUGCUUGAAGAUGUCAACGAGAUCUCCGGAGCGGAGCAGUUCGUGUGCCACACCGAGUCCAUAGCAGAUAUUGUGAUCCUGGUCGAUGGCUCUUGGAGUAUCGGUCGGCUCAACUUCCGGCUGGUCCGCAUGUUCCUGGAAAACCUGGUCAACGCUUUUGACGUUGGCAUUGAUAAGACCAGGAUAGGUCUGGUUCAGUAUAGUGGUGAUCCCAGGAUGGAGUGGCAUCUCAAUGCUUUCACUACUAAAGAAGCUGUCAUUGAUGCUGUCAAGAACCUUCCUUACAAAGGAGGAAACACUCUCACGGGGCUUGCACUGUCCUAUAUCCUGGAGAACUGUUUCAAGUCUCAAUCUGGUGCCCGUGUUGCUGUACCUAAGAUCGGGAUCCUCAUUACUGAUGGGAAGUCUCAAGAUGAUGUCAUACCACCUGCGGAAAGCCUGCAAAAAGCUGGGGUCGAACUCUUCGCUAUUGGUGUGAAGAACGCUGAUGAGAACGAGCUGCGCUCCAUCGCCUCAGAGCCGGAUGACUCUCAUGUAUAUAAUGUUGCUGACUUCAAUGUUAUGAGCGCCAUUGUCGAAGGAUUGACCAGAACGGUGUGUGAACAAGUGGAGCAGCAAGACAAGGACAUUAAGGAACAACAGCCGCCAGAGACUAUUGGACCACCGUCAGGCUUGGUGACAUCAGAGGUCACAGCCAGGAGCUUUCGAGUCACGUGGCGCCACUCGCCUGGAAAUGUCGACAAAUACAGAGUGGUUUAUUUCCCAGUUCGUGGAGGACAACCACAGGGGGCUGUUGCUGUUGUUGACGGCCGUGACACCUCCGUGGUGUUGCAACACCUCAACUCACAGACCGAAUACCAGCUGUCCGUGUUUGCUGUGAACCAAAACGAGGCCAGUGAACCACUACGAGGAUAUGAAACAACCCUGGCUCUUCCCACAGUGACAGGCCUCCAGCUGUUUGAUGUGACUCACAACAGCAUGAAAGCAAGAUGGGACAGUGUGAAGGCAGCAUCCGGCUACAUGUUGCUUUUUGCACCGCUUCCAGAUGAUGGAGACUUGGGUGAGAAGGAGGUCAAAGUAUCAGAAGCAGUGAAGGAGCUGGAGCUAGAUGGUCUGCUCCCCCGCACUGAGUAUAGCGUCACUGUUUAUGCAAUGUAUGGAGAGGAGGCCAGCGACCCCAUUACAAACCAGGAAACUACUUUACCACUUGGCGCGCCCGGUAACCUCCAGUUCGCUGACAUCACCCACAACUCGGCACGCAUCAGCUGGGACCCCGCAGCCAGUGGAGUUACUGCUUAUCGUAUUACGUGGGUCAAGACAGAUGGGCGGGUCACCGAGGAGGUGGAAGUUGAGCCUGUGAGCUCUUACGACCUCAGUGGACUGACAUCUCUGACGGAGUACUCAGUGGCUCUGUUUGCGCUGUAUGAUGAAGGCCAAUCAGAGCCGCUCACUGAUGGAUUUACAACCACUCCGCUUCCAGGUCCACUGCAUCUCCGUUCCAGUGAUGUCACUCCAGACAGCUUUCAGGUCAGCUGGGAUCACUCAGCAGAUGACAUCAUCGUCUACAGACUCUCCUGGGCACCGCUCGCAGGAGGCGACACAAAGCAGGUGGUCCUAAGUGGAAGCAAUCACCGAUACACUUUGACAGAUCUGAGACCCUCCACUGCGUACGAAGUUAUGGUGACGGCGGUCUUCAAAGACCAGUCAGAGAGCGACGCUGUAUCUGUCACAGAGACCACAAUGGCCAAGACAACAACGAUCGCCACCACAACCUCCGCCCCCCGCCAAGCGCUGAGAAACCUUCUCGUGAAUGACGAGACCACGCAGAGCCUCCGGGCAUCUUGGGAGCUGGACGACCCCCGUGUGGGGAGCUACAGGCUGUCCUACGCCAGCCUCAGAGCCGAUCACGGAGAGGAGACGGUGUUAGUUCCUGGUAGACAAAAAAGUGUGCUCCUCGAGUCCUUACUUCCUGACACUCAGUACAAAGUAACUGUCACACCAGUUUACACCAAUAGGGACGUUGGCAUCAGCGUGUCCGCACAGGGGGCAACAUUGCCGCUCUUGUCUCCUGACAGCCUUCGUAUAUCUGAGGAGUGGUACAACCGCUUGAGGGUCAACUGGGACCCUCCGCAGUCUGCUGCCAUGGGUUUCAAGAUCCUUUACCAACCGGUCUAUGUACCAGGGAGCGUUUCGGAGAUGACCGUGGGUGAAGACGUCAACUCGGUUCUCCUCCUGAAUCUGCAAAGUGGGACAGAGUACAGCGUUCAAGUGACCGCAUCCUACCCAUCGGGACAAAGCGAACCAUUGCUUGUGAACGCUAAGACAUUGUUCCUGGGUGUCUCUGACUUGACAGUCUCGCAGGUGCGCCACAACAGCAUGUGUGCGCAAUGGCAGCCUCAUCUGCACGCGACCUAUUACAGAGUCUCCAUCCAAUCCACACUCAACAGUCAGCGACAGGAAGUGAGCCAAGGAGGCGGGGCUUCUCGACAGUGCUUCCACGACCUUUUUCCAAGCAGCCAAUACGAGAUCAGCAUUCGCGCGCAGAUGCAGGAAAUGGAAGGCCCUCCUGUCACCGUCACUGACAUGACACUGCCAGCGCCCACGCAGGCUCCGACAGAACCCCCUGCCACGGAACCCCCUCCCACCAUCCCGCCUGCCAAAGAAGUAUGCAAGGAGGCCAAGGCGGAUCUGGCGUUCCUGGUUGAUGGCUCUUGGUCCAUUGGCGAUGACAACUUCAUGAAGAUCACAAAUUUCCUGUAUAGUACCAUUGGAUCGCUGGAUCAAAUUGGGCCGGAUGGCACCCAGGUGGCCAUUUGUCAGUUCAGUGAUGACGCUCGAACAGAGGUCCAGUUGAGUUCCCAUGGCAACAAAGAAGCACUGCUGGAAGCGAUUCAGAGAAUCAGAUACAAGGGAGGAAACACAAAGACAGGUCGAGCCAUUAAGCAUGUGAAGGAGUCAAUUUUCAAAUCUGAUGUGGGAGCCAGGAGGGGAGUACCCAAAGUUCUGGUUGUCCUCACUGACGGCCGUUCGCAGGAUGAUGUCAAUAAAGUGUCCAAGGAAAUGCAGAUGGAGGGCUACAUCAUUUUUGCAAUCGGGUUCGCGGAUGCAGAUUACGGGGAACUCGUCAACAUUGCCAGCAAGCCUAGCGACAGACACGUCUUCUUCGUAGACGAUUUGGAUGCUGUGAAGAAAAUCGAGGAGCACCUCAUUACCUUCGUCUGCGAGGCAGCCACUGCCACUUGUCCGUCAAUUCUGAUGAGUGGAAACAGCAUGGCAGGUUUUCAAAUGAUGGAGAAGUUUGGUUUGGUGGAGAAGGAGUACAGCAACAUAUCUGGAGUUUCUCUGGAGCCGGGCUCGUUCAACAGCUUCCCCUGUUACAGGUUGCACCGUGACGCUCUGCUGUCGCAGCCCACCAAGUACCUUCAUCCUGUAGGUUUACCAUCUGACUACACCAUCUCUAUGAUGAUCCGCCUUCUUCCCGAGACUCCACAGGAGCCCUUUGCAUUGUGGGAAAUCCUCGAUAAGGACACCGAGCCAUUGGUGGGACUCAUCUUGGACUGCUCCGGGAAGAGUUUGACGUUCUUCAACUAUGACUACAAAGGAGACUUUCAGACUGUCACCUUUCAAGGAACUCAAAUAAGAAAAGUUUUCCAUGGCAGUUUCCACAAGCUGCAUGUAACCAUCAGUAAGACGGCAGUGACGGUGGUGUUGGACUGCGCCCUUGUCGGCGAAAAAGCCAUCAGUGCAGCCGGGAACAUCACCACGGAUGGCGUGGAGAUCCUGGGUCGCACCGUGCGGUCUCGAGGCAGACGGGACAGUUCUGCUCCGUUUCAGCUCCAGAUGUUUGAUAUCAUCUGCAGUACAUCGUGGGCAAGCAGGGAUAAGUGUUGUGAACUGCCAGCUUUGCGAGUUGAGGAGGAGUGCCCGUCGAUGCCUCGCGCCUGCAGCUGUUUCCAAGACAGCAAGGGACCCCCAGGACCUCCCGGACCUCCUGGUGGUCCGGGGAUUCGGGGAACGCGAGGGGACAGGGGCGAACCUGGAGUGACGGGGGCGCAAGGGCCUGUGGGAGAGACCGGCCCUGCUGGACCACCUGGACCGUCAGGACCUCAGGGACCCAGCGGCCUCUCAAUUCAGGGGCCUCAGGGGGCUGCUGGGGAGAAGGGAGAAACAGGAGAGAUCGGCCCGGCCGGCCCAAUGGGUGUUCCUGGAAGUCAGGGCUCCCCCGGGAGGGAUGGUCCGCCUGGAGCGAGGGGCCUCCCAGGUAAUAACGGACCUCAAGGUCAACAGGGGCCGACGGGCCCUCUUGGAGCCCCGGGUGCACCUGGAGCUCCUGGCCCGAUUGGAUCAGCAGGACCUCAAGGGGAACAAGGACCUUCUGGUCCUGCUGGUAUCAAAGGAGACAAAGGAGAAAGAGGUGACGUGCAGUCCCAGGCAGCGGUGCGCGCUAUCGCAAGACAAGUGUGUGAGCAGCUCAUUCAAAGCCACUUGUCGCGCUACAACUCCAUCCUGAACCAGAUCCCAGUCCAGUCGGUCGGGUCAGUGCAUCCGGUGCCCGGACCACCCGGUGAGCCGGGUGGAAGGGGCCCCCCGGGACGUCAGGGAGACCAAGGACCAGCCGGCAGGCCCGGCUUCCCCGGUGAUAACGGGCAGAGUGGACGGUCAGGAGAGAGAGGUCUCGCAGGGGAGAAGGGUGAGAGGGGGAGUCCGGGUGUUGGGAAUCAAGGACCAAGGGGCCCCCCAGGACCACCAGGCUUACCAGGCGAGGGGCGCACGGGCAGUCAGGGGCCCGUCGGGCGGCCUGGGAACCCGGGGGCUCCGGGGAGGCCGGGCAAUCCAGGUUCCACCGGACCAGCUGGACCGCCAGGCUACUGCGACCAGAACUCUUGUUUGGGGUACAAUGUUGGAGUCCAAACUUUGCCUCACGGUGGCUACCAGCUCUACAAUCAAGCCUACAACCCUUCUGCAGUAGCUUACAACGACGACCAAGGAGGCCGAGAUGAUGAUGAGGAGGACGACGAAGAAGAAGAGGAGGAGGAGGGUGAAGAGGACCCUCAUUACCACGGUUACCCUGCGGGCCCCUCCCGCUCGGAAGACGUAGAGCUGCGGUCGCCCGGCGUGGUCAGGAGGUUUCCCCGCGACGUCGUCGUCAUGGAGGAGCGCGAGACGAAGGACGUCCUCACCUCAAGUGCUUGAGUUGCACGUGCGCACACCCCCAGACACACACACAUCAGAAGCUGUAGCAGGACGCCUCCACCUUCCCCCCCACCACCACCACCCCCUCCCCUCUCCCGGUGGUUGGCUCCACCUGGUGAAACAAUGUAAAUAUCUUUGUGGACUAUUGUAUAAUAUUGCAAAAAGUGCCUGAUCUUUGUUUGUUUUCAUCGUUAAGGUGAGGCGACGUAUGGAAAGCAGUCUGAGCAUUGAUUCAAAAAUCCUUGUCCAUGUACUAGUACGCUCUUUGUCCUCACUCGUAAAACAAUUGAGCGUACUAGUGGAAUGACUGUCUUACGAUUUGACAUUUCUGUUAAGUAGUAGAAUUUUAUAUCACUAGUAGCACGCAGUGGUCACCAAGAGCACCAACAACAGUCGUACUAGUAUGCCAAAGUUGUCGUACAAUUGUGCAGAAAUAGUGACGAGUGAACUGUAUUUCAGCAUACAGAUUCACCUAGUUGCUGUUUUUCAUUUUUCCCCUUUUAAUUUUAAUUUUUUCCCUCGUUUCUGGGUGGAACCUUCCCCGAAAACGCAUAUUAGCAGUUUAUCCCUGAUUAUUCAAGAAUUUGGGGGAUUUGAAAAUAUUUUCUUUCCCAUCUCAGUGAUAAUGGCCGUCAAUUAUUUGUAUCUUUUAUUUUAUCCGCAGUGAGAGACCACUGCAAAUCUUUUUUUUUUUUUCUGGGGGUCCACUGUACAUUUGAAGUGGAAAUAUGUUACUAUAGUAAGACUGUCAUUCUAUUAGUGCGCUGGUUUGUCUCACUAGUUGAGGGCAAAUUAUGUACUAGCACAUGAACUUUAAGCUGGAUAUAUUAAAAAAAAUAAUAACAAAAUGCCCCAAAAGCUUCCCAUGGCCGCCCGCUCAUCUUCACGUACGUCUCCUUCUCGUAUUCAAAAAGACGACUGAUGAGCUGCUUUUUACGUUGGCUGAACAUCACAUGCUGAUUCGUUUCAGCGUGUUCGCACUUGGUUCGGUUGAAAAUUAAAGAACCCCGGUGCCGUUGGUGUGAACAUGCGAAAGGUGAUGCUGGUCUGCUUGCCAGUGCGCUUCCCUUGAGCACAAAUGCGAAUGUGACACAGAACCACAUGAAACAUCACAAAUAUUCAACUGUGAAAAAAAAAAAAAAAAAAAAAAAAAAGGAUUUCCUCUCUGCCACUUGUCACUGUCUGUGCGUGGGUGAGUAUUGGACAGGCGCGCUUUGUAAAAUACAUUUUACAAGCUUGUUUGUGACAUGCCAAUUGGUAAAGGAAAUAGCAAAUAAAGUCAGCACAGAAAGGCAGCAUUUCUGACAGCCUUUGGUCCUGCCAUCCAUCCAUUUUCUGCAGCGUUCAGCAGGGUUUAGGUGAGAGGAGGGGUAAACCCCGGACUGGUCAGUAUGUAUGUCCACGGAAAUAAUGAUGAUCUUGUCUCAAUUUACUUGAGUGAGUUAGUGUUUCAUCUGGACCCGUUUAAAUGAAUGUAUUAUUCAGUUUUACGAAGGGCGAGCGGCAGAGUCACAGGUUAAUUGUACCUUUAAUUGUUCUGCCUGUCACUAUAUGUCACUGGCAUAGAUAGAAGAACAAAGGCAAUUAAAAACACCAUUUGUAGUAAAUAAAGAAUCAUUUUCAGACUAAUGAAGGGAAAUGAAUACAUUUCCUGCGGCACACCUGAUCUCUCAUGGCACAGUGGUUGCAAAUCACUUCACUAACCGUUGUUAAAAGUUAAGUAGUAAAGUCAGAAUUACAGGAAAUAUUGGUAUUAAAAAACAACAACAAUUGUAGGCCCUUAAUAUAAAACAGUCAAAUGAAAAAUGGUUCAUACAGUGCAGCUGUAACUGAGCAUGCCUUCUUCCUGUGCCGCGUGGUGACAUAUUCUUACGCCGCUGCACCAACUUGUUGAUUGUGCGCAGUUCGUAACCUCGAAACGCCGUAUGUCGGUACGGUCGAGAACCGAGGGCCUCCUGUACUACACGACAAGUGUGAACAUCGCCUUAACCCAAACGUUAUUUCUCUGCACACUGUUGUCUACUUCUCUUCAGCUGUUCGUGAAUGAAAAUAACCCCACUUGAUGUUACCUGAACACUGUGGAAUAACAUACUUGUUGCUUUAAAUUCUGUUAUCACUA